AAUGGAGCAAACUCUAUAUUUCAUUCUUCUUCUCAUUGCUCUCUGCUCCGUAUCUGAAUGUGUUCAGCGUCAGUAUCACUUUAUAAACGUGAAGAAGAAUUGGACUGAAGCUCAGAGAUACUGCAGAGAGAAUUACACAGAUCUGGCCACCAUUGACAACAUGAACGACAUGAACGAGGUGAAGAAGAGUGUGAAUGAUUCAGGUCGUGAGUAUGUCUGGAUUGGGCUGCAGAAGACGGGUGUUGAUAAAUGGCAGUGGUCUUCAGGUGAUCCUGCGCUCUAUCAGAACUGGGAACCUACACAACCAAAUAACGGAGAAGAGAGGUGUGCUGUGAUAAAGAAUGGACAAUGGCAUGAUGGGUCGUGUAAUUAUACUCGUAAUUUCAUCUGCAACAACACAAACCCUGGACUUGUCUAUGUCAAUCAGAUGAAGAUUUGGAGAGACGCUCAGAGUUACUGCAGACAGAAUCACAUUGAUCUGGUCAGUGUGAGGAACCAGAAUGAGAAUCAACAGGUUCAGCAGUUCAUUAGUAAUGAUACUCACAAACCUGAUGAUGUCUGGAUCGGUCUGUUCAGAGACUCAUGGCAGUGGUCAGAUCAGAGUAACUCCUCAUUCAGAUACUGGAGGUCUAAUGAACCUAGUAAUAAUGGAGGUAAUGAAAACUGUGCCGCAAUCACUGAUACUGCUCUGAGAGAAUGGAAUGACGUCCCUUGCAGUGUCCAGCUUCCUUUUGUGUGUCAUGAAGAUAAACUGAUUCUGAUCAAAGAGAAUCUGACGUGGUCUGAAGCUCUGAGAUACUGCAGACAGAAUCAUACGGAUCUGGUCUCGGUUCAUUCAGAAGAGAUGCAGCGUCGUGUGAUGAAUGUGGUUAAACAGGCGUCUACUGAGGCGGUGUGGUUGGGUUUACACAACUACUGCAGCAUGAACAUGUGGCUCUGGUUGAGCGGAGAGAUCGUGUGCUAUCAGAACUGGGCUCCAGGGAAUGGAACGACACCGGAAGACUGCCGCCUCGAGAAGAGAAAAGGAGCAGUUCAGUCUGGAGGAGAUCAGCGCUGGAUCAGCCUUCCUGAAACUCACAAACUCAACUUCAUCUGCAGCAGAUAUUAAGAGUGAAGGAUUUGUUUGUGCUGUUCUUUCACUUUCACUUUGCCUUGUUCUAUCUUUUUUUUUUUAAUUAGCAAACACUUUUUGUUCUGUUUUCUUCAGAUAAUGUCUGAUAUAAGCAACAAUGAAAUUAAUUUCUCUAACUGAAGAGAGUCUUUUUAAUAUCAGUGUAACAUGCUUUUAAAAUACUAAUGUGCACUAUAUAUGUUUUAAAGACCCCAUGAAAUCAAAAUGAGUUUUCAUCUGUGGCUUUUAGAAACAUGAAACACUUGAAAAUUGCAGUCAUUCUCUUCUGGAAAAUGGCUCAAUAUUUUUAACACAGACUGUUCAAUCAAACACACUUGCAGUCAACUAGACAUUAGAAGAUCAUGAUUCAAGGAUUUGGCAUAAAACAUACUGACUAUUUAAAAGAAAAUCAAAGUAAAGCACAAUCCACAUCAGUUGAUUUCAUGUUAUCUUGGGAUUCUGGUGGUGUGGAUACUUUCUUCUACUCACUCCUGUUUCUAGUCAUAUAUUUAUAAAUGACUUGUUUAAAAAAUGAU